AUGCACGUCAAGAGGGUGACACUGACAUCCAAGAAGAACUGGUGGAUGGUCGAGCUAGAUCAAGAAGACGAGAACCCAGCGCAUCCAUCUACCAAGUCGUUCUCGUCAUCAGAAGAGACCGCAGUAGUACCGGACAAUGGCCUUUUCGAUCGAAAUGUUGAAGACGAGAAAGCAAAAGAAAUGUCGUCUCCCAAUCCAUCGAUACCUGUGUAUAAUCCACCACGGCACCCAACUUCGAUAUUUUCCUUCCCUACGCCAACCGCUUACUCUGCGCCACCAAACCCUGCCGCGAACCUUGCCCCUGUGGCGCAAGGUUCUGCCUCUGAGCUGUUCAAGUGCAUCGUCAAAAAACCCGACGUUGUACAGCUCGAGAUCAACGGAGAGAUGCAGUCAAAUGCAUCAGAUGUGACAACACAAUUCCUCGCCGAGCUGCGUGUAUAUACCACGGUGUCGCGACAUCGCAAUAUCACUGCAUUUCUAGGCUGCUUGGAGAACGUUGGUAUGGUGUUGGAGUAUAUCGAUGGACGAACUCUAUAUGAGGUCAUUCGCCCGAGACCAGCUUUAACCCGAAAAAAGAAAAUUGACUUUCACAACCAACUCCUCGAUGGCCUCACACACUUACAUUCAUUUAGACUGAGUCACGGAGACCUCUCACUGCUGAAUAUUCAAGUGACGCAUUCCUCUGAUACCAUCAAGCUUUUUGACUUUGGACGUUCUGUGUCUAUGGACUCGGUAUUCAUCUCGCCAUCGGAUGAGCCUGUAGAUCCUUUCCAGUACAUUGCACGGACAGGGUCGGCCGCAGCUGCGGCACCGCAAAAGAAGGUGGAGCAAAUACACCCAGGUACACGGCCAUUCGCGGCUCCAGAGGUCCUCCGCGGGGAGUGUCAGGAUCCGCUAUUGGCUGAUGCCUACAGUUUCGGGAUGAUACUCGUUGCGAUCGACCGCGUUGAAGUGGUGGACCUCAAGCCUUGGGAGCAACGGAAGGAUGUGGUGCCUGAGAACCUCUUUGAGGGGUGCGAGGUAUUUGAGGAGUCUGCGCGUCAAUAUCUGAGGCGAUGUGACUCAAGGAGGAGGCUUUCAAAGCACGACAUGAUGAUGUCAGUGGACGAAUGA